AUGGAGUCGAGAGGCCGUGUUCUUGGUGCGGUACGCACACUCUCUGAAGCCGUGUCGGCGCAAGGCAAGUGCGAGAACUCGCGUAGGCUAGUAAUUCAGGUCGUGUCAGGCGGCUGCGAGUCGUUUAGCUUGCACCAGCUAGAGCAGGCGCUGUGCUACUUCACGAAUCGCAACAGCAACUACACAAACGUAUACGAGGAUGAGUUUCACGUGUUGGCAGAGGAGACUCUGAACAACUUGAUCCGAUCCAUUCUUGUUUACGACGACUUCUCCGGCUUCUUUGGCGAUGCCGAGGUGUACUCCCUCUCCAUGGCGUUUCAAUACAACCUUUCCGUGGAGGCACUCACGCUGAGAGGCAUCGACAUCAGCGACGAGGCGAUUUGCUCCCUCUGCGAGGCGCUCGUGCGGUCCCGUGUGAACUACAUUGACCUCUCAAACACCCCAUUGGAGGAUGAAGCAGGCCGGUCUAUCGCCGCCUUGGCCCACAUCAACCCGUAUCUGCGCACCGUCAUCGUGGACGACACCCUCAUCGCCGAUGAUGUGCUGGACGAGAUCGAUGUUGCCUGUCAGUUCAACCAGAGCAACUUUGAAGGUAAUAAGGGAGAGGUGGAUGAAUCAAUGCUCCGCCCCGCUGAUCUCGGUCGCUUGAAGCACCGCCUCCAGCAGAUCGUUCGAGCUCAGGAAAAGAAGGUGCACUACUGCGUUGCACACUUGUUCGGAUGCUGCCCGAACGGCGAGAUGUGCCUCUACUCUCAUUCCCUUGGGAAGAGCGGAAUGGACGAGACUGAUACGUCGCUCUCUGCAAAGAUCUCGGAGCUGUUCGUUAACGGUGGCAACUGGGAGGAGCGGUUGCCACCGCGCCCUACUGACGGUCCUUCGUGGCGCAAUCCAGAGGACGAGGUCAAGCGAACUCCUCGCGCCAACAACGCACGACGUCGAAGAGAACAGGCCAGCAACACCCCCGCGCCGGCGCAGCAGACACGAUGGUCACCGUUGCUGAGUGGACUGGCGGGGAUGUGCUGCGGUUUUCUUGCUGUGGGGCUUGUGGGCGUUGUUGCACGACGUCUGGCACCCCGCUCCUCACCUGGUUAG